AUCACUUCCGGGCUCGAAAUUUGGGUCCUACUGGCAGACGCUCUGCCCUUUUCUUUGAAUUGAGUUUUUUUGUUAUUAAAAUGUAAAGUUAAAGAUAAUAUUAGAGACAUAUCAUUGCUUUUAACUACUCGGAUAUGCAAUACCAAAGUAGACCUUUACAGAGAUGGUCUGGGAAUUUCAAACAGGCGCAACCUGGCGGCGACCAGCAGCACAAUUGCCCCCUGUUUGACCUGCCUUCGUACUUUGUCUUAACUUUCCAACGAUAUGAAGGAGAAGACGAAGAAGGCCAGUUUCAUGGGCGAGGUUUUGCCAGGUUUAAAGGAGGCCAUGUUUACAAGGGUAUGUUCUCCAUGGGACUCAUGCAUGGAACCGGUGUCUUCACAUGGGUUGAUGGGGUGACAUUUGAGGGAGAGUUUGUGCGCAACAUGCCCAUGGGCCAAGGCAUGUACAUUUGGCCAGAUGGCAGCUCUUUUAAAGGUGACGUGUGCAACGGUAUCAGGCAUGGGGAUGGAACCCACAAAAGUGGCAAAGGCAAAGCGACGUACAAAGGUCAAUGGAAUCACAGCAAGAGGCAUGGAAAGGGUACUGUGUAUUACAACCAGGAGGAGACCUCUUGGUAUAAAGGAGACUGGGUGAUGAACAAAAGAGAGGGCUGGGGCAUAAGACGCUACCCGUCCGGUAACGUUUAUUUUGGAGAGUGGAGGAAUAACUUGAGACACGGGGAAGGCACCAUGAGGUGGGAGAACGCGGGACAACUCUACAUUGGCCACUGGUUAGAUGGAGUCCAGCAUGGCCAAGGCACACACGUGUGGCUGGUGAAGCGCACGGAUGGAUCGGAAUUCCGUCCCAGCAAUCAGUACACUGGGAAUUUUUUUCUGGGUCAGAGAAAUGGACAGGGGAUCUUUUAUUAUGCCGGCGGUGCCACCUAUGAGGGAGGAUGGAUCAACAAUAAGAAACACGGGAAGGGAAAAGUUACCCUCAAAGAUGGCUGCGUGUUUGAAGGACAGUUCCUGAAUGACAAGAUGGUGGCUCCUGAUGUGACGGCAAAUAAAGCGCCUGUUCGACAAAGUUUAGAUGAGUCUAGUCUUGGACCAGACAUGACCGUCAACAUCGAUUGUGUUUUGGAGAAAUUCCCACAAAGAAAACGAGACAAUGAGCACAAACAGGUGAGGUUCGUGCUGCUGAGGCACAAGACGAAUCUUAGAGCGGUCUAUCGUUUCUACAGCCGACUGGGCCAUCGGCAGAUUCCGGGUAGCGCCUUCCUGCUGUCCCGCAUGCAGAUGUGGCGCCUGCUCAAAGACUGUCGCAUCCACCAUCACGGCAUCACCUUGACGGAGGUGGAUCUUUGUAUCAGAGAUAAUCCGGACCCAGCAGAGGUUCACUCCCCCUUAACUCCCAUCAUGCUUUGUCGUUUCCUCAGCUGCCUGGUGGUCAUUGCUUACCACAUCUACCAGGAGGAUAUUGAGCCAUCCAAUUGCAUUUUGGCUUCCUGCUUCUCCAAAUUCCUGACAGAUGACAUUUUUCCAAAUGCAAUGAACGUCAAAGGCUUCCUGUUUAGCCCACCCGGGCAUGCGGUUGUAGCUGCGGACUACCUGACCAGAAGCCUGGAGGUCUAUCAGGCCUACUGCAGAGCCAGUGCACCCCCCAGAGACGACUGCACCAUGACAAACCGCCAAAUGCUGCUGUUGUUUCAGGACCUCAAUAUUUAUGACAGUAAUCUGACUGUAAGAAACAUCAUGCAAAUCAUCUGUGAAGAGAGCCUUGAUCCCAGCAAUAUGUCUGCAUGCAUGGAGCUAGAGAUUACAUUCCUGGAGUUCUUCGAGGUACUUCUUGGUUGUGCUGAAAUUAAGUGUCAAGAGAUGGCAGAGCCUUACCCCAAGAUGAGUCUGUUGCUUGCCUCUUCAGCAGCUCCGCGUAAAUGGCAACAAUUACUGCUCAAAUACUGUCAACAGGAAGCUUGGAGUCGGAAGAUCCAUCACUUUUUCAACCAGUUUUUCUUCCCUGCGAUAGACCUUCUCCAGUCAGAGUGAUGUGGGUCUAUAUUAAUGCUCAUUCUAAUUUUCCAUCCCUGCUUGAGUAUAGGUGCGUCCUCGUAUGUUCCAGAUCUUUUUGCUCAUCAGAUAAAAAAAAAAUGUAUUUUUGUCCCAGGCUUAUAAUGACCAGACAAGGUCUUUAAUCCUACUGAAAUCUUUAAUUACAAAAUACAGCUAGCCAAACUGUACAUUUUUUUGUAAAAAAAAAAAAAUGCCUACAUCAAAUAUGUAUCCCUUUAAAAAUAAUAAGCAGUGAUUAAAAAUUAAAGAGGAGGAGUGAAGUACAUGAGGUCACUCGGACAGACAGACGGGCGUAUGCGGUCCUUGGGGUUCGGGGUGAAGAGAAGCAGGGACGACGCUGCUGCCUGGGCCUGUAUAUAUAAAUAUAUAUAUUAAGCAUAGAAAUAAAUGCAUUGUUAAUAUUUAGCAAUGAGAAAGAUGUCAGUUUAAAAGUUAGAACAGAAAAGAAAAACUAGAACCUGUGUCAUCUGUGGGCUUAAAGGUGAAGACUGCGUGGGCGGUGCUGUGGUGAGUAUCAGUGUGAAGAAAGAGACUUUUUAGAAAGCAGUAGUGACCCAAGUGCAUCACCUAGCCCAACAUAACGUGCAUUUCCAGGAGAAUAAAAGAACCUGUUACGCUCUAAGAUGACAAAAAAUAUAUAUAUAUUGUAUGUGUUGCACCUACGGCAUAAUCAUACCUUCUUCCUGCUGAGUCAAGUGUUCAGAUGGACCUGCGGGACUCUCCAUCUUCACAUCAACUGUCAUUGGCGACAGAGUCUCCAUGGAAACCGGGCGCUCUGGUGACAGGCUGCAUCUCUGUGAAGGCUGGAUGUAGCGCUCAAAGUCCAAGCCUGCAAUUUCCUUUAAAAAAAAAAAAAAAGCAAAGACGUGCAUUGACGUUUGGCUGUGAAGGGUUAGAUGAAUGGUGGCUCAUACAAGAUGUUGCCAGGUGUUGACAUUUACCACAAUAUCAGGCGUGGUGCACAUGGACCUCGGAGUCGCCUUUGAACUUUGCACAGCGGGAGGAGACCCGCUCACAGUGGGGGAGGGCGGGUGCUGCUGGAAAGGGGUGCUGCCGGGCGUCAGCAUGAAGCUCAAGGCUGUAUUAACGUGUUCGGCUGCUUCGUCUUCAUCUUUCUGGAUGGAAAUAGCAGGAAGUGCACACAUGGCCGAUUCUUGCAUUGAGACAAUUUCAGUCUUCAACUGGGGGUGCCCCGAAGGGGAGAAAGAAAGAGACUUCUCGACAGAAGCCGGUCCUCUUGGACAAGACUGAGGGGUGUCGUGCUGCGGCCUUGGAGUACAUCUGGAGCUUUCCUUGGCGUGAACCGGAGUACCUCCAGGAGUUUGUGCCAAAGCAAUGGAGCGUCGAGUGAGUCUUCUGGGGGUAAGGAUGCUGGUGCAGGGAGAGGCCUGUGGGGGCGCGGCGGCACUCAGGCGGCUGGAUCUUCUCAGACAGCCUGCAAAGCAGAGUAAUCGUAUAAAUGACAUCCCAAUAUGGAAAAACUGUCGUUAUGAAGGUUCACUCACUGGAUGCCUUGGCUGGGCUCUCCACACUGAAGAAGCCUCCAUCAAAGACCACCGUGUCAGUUUGUUGCGCUGCGGCCUGGCUUUGUGCCCCCUCGGGAGGGGCCGUGUCUUCCUGAGCGUCACCGGAAGCCUUUGCCGCUUCGUGUGCCUGCUUUUUAGCUCUCAUGGCCGCUUUGACUGCAGCCAGGCGAGACGUUGCCAUGGCUUUGGUUCCUGCGGGCUUGGCGGGUGCUGCUACUGGUUUCUGGUGAAAGAAUAGAUAAACAUAUCACUCCGAAAAAAAAUUAUAGAAAUAAAGACACAAUAUGUCACCUUGACUGCUUUCCUCUGGCGUGGCGGAGGCGGCUUGUGCUCCUCCACCCACCCUCUGGCCUCCAAUUCACACAGUGCAUCAAACUUCCUGUUUACAUCUUCUACCUGAGAGACAACAAUGCAACAUAUUAUCUGUUGCCAUUAAAAAAAAAUGCAGUUUUCCUGUUUUACCUGGAAGUAAACCAUAUCCCAGAAACCCUGCAGGUCGCUGCAGGUGGUGAUCUUCUCCCCUCGGCGUAGCUCGCAGUCAUCCACCAGGCCGCUGAACUGGUUGAAGCGCUCCUUCAUGAGCAGCCUAGCCUGGCCGACGGCUGUACGCAUGCGGUCUCUCACUGAACACGCAUGGAAGUGUGUCAUUGUCACAAAGUGACUGAUAUACAUUUUAAAAGAUGUUACCCACUUUCUUCAGGGAUGGACUCAUCUUCUACUUUGGGCUCCCACAGAGCACAAAGAGAUGUCAAUCUGUUGGUCUCACCGGAAAUCUCCGACCUGCACGCAUACAGGAAACACUUCCAAUUUGACGGAUUCAUUCGGAAUACAGUGGUGUGGGAAAGUAUUCCUGAUUGUUUUGCAUGUUUGUCUCACCCAAAAAAUACUUUUCCACACCAAUCCUAGCUUUUCAUUCUGGUGUCUUGGUUACCUGAAGUACAGCACAUCAUGCUUGGAUUCCAGGGGGCUACUUGGGGCUGGAGAAGCCACCCUGGGACGAGGAGGAGAGCGGCAAGGGGAUUUGGGUGGCGAGCAUCCGCUCGGCUCAGCUUGAGGUGCAUCACUGAUUCCGAGGGCGGGUGGGUGAUUGAAGCUGGAGCUGGAGAAGCAAAAUGGUAGAAGACAUCAGCUCAAGUAAAAGAUUUUUUCCAAAAACUGUGACUGAGGGCCUACAGACCUCGGGGUGAGAAAGGCAUCGGCCGAGCGAGGAGUGAGAGGCUCUAAUUUGAAGGCUGACAAGCCAGCAGGAGCCUGGAAGACAAAGUCCUUCGGAGCGAAGGAGGACAAAGAGGAGGGCUCCUCAGCUGGUUCUUUGUCCACCACCAUAUUCUUCUCCUCAGGACAGGUAGUCGACUUGAGGGGUUGAGACUCUUCUGGCUCCAGAUAAUGAAGAUCCUUUGACUUGAGCAUAGACAUAAUUCACAAUUAAAAUAAAAAAGGUUAAUUUUAAAACAUGCUGU